CUUUUGUAGAAAGAAUAUUGCCCUCGCGCUUCGGGGCCACCCCGAGUUUUCUCGAGUCGCACGGUGACGCACUUCCUGAGCGCGCCAUUGCGGGGCUGAGCGGAGGGCGGGCUCUUCGAAUUUGAAUUCCCCAACUGUUGUGGGUACCUGGGAACCUCGCGAGGGGGGAAGGGUCGCCUGGGCUUGGGCUGCGGGGCCAGAGGCGCGAGCCCUGGGAUCGCCCGCCCACCCUUCGCGGAGCCAAGCCCGGACUGCCGGCUUCUAGCCCUAUGAGGCCCUUCACCCAAGGUUCCUCUGGGCCCCUGCAGAAGUCUCCUUUCCUGAAAAUUGUGUUUAAGUGAAUCAUCUGUUAGAGAAAACUUGUUGCUACUGUUUUUCAAGAUGAUUACAACACCUUUGAAACAUCCAGGAAUUGAUUUGUCUUCAGAGAAAUUUUCUAAAAGAAGGAAAAUGCCCAUGCAUGCAAUCUUUUUUGACACCAUUCCUGAAGGAACACUUACUCCUGUAAAAGACUUGGCAAAAUAUCAGAACCCCUCUUUAACAUUGAAUGACCAUAAAAGGACUCCUUGCCUAGACAUGACAGAUUUUAAUAAUAAAAAUAGAUUUCAUUCCACCAUGCUAGCAGGGGCUACCACCUCUAACAGCUCUCUUGAUAUCAGUGCUAUAAAGCCCAACAAGGACGGAUUAAAAAAUAAAGCAAACUAUGAAUCACCAGGAAAAAUAUUUCAAAGAAUGAAAGAAAAAGUACUGCGUGACAAGCAAGAACAAGCAUCAGGAAACAAUAGUUUGUUGGAACCAUCAAAAAAUAAAAAAAUUUUUACUCCUAAAGGAGCUGAGAAAAGAGUAUUGCAGCAUACCUAUGUCUAUGAAGAAAAGGAAAGUAACAAAUCAUUCCAGUCAGAUAACAGUUCACCAAGAGUGCAAGAAGUUCCUCUGGAAUCAUCAAAUAGUACUUUCCUUCCAAUAAAGAAAAAGAUUCAAUGUCAGCAGGAAAAGAAAGCACCUCUGCAGGAAAAGAAAGCACCUCUGCAUAAUUUAACUUACGAAGUUCAACUUCUGAACGAAAAACAGGAAAAUGGUUCAACUGCAGAAUUCUCAAACAAGGCAUUACCUAGAGCUCAGUUGGCUAAACAAAUUCUUCAUUCAGGGGAGAAUACGUUUGUAACCACUAAGUCUAAAAAGGACACCUUUGUUUUAGAAGGUGUUGAUUCUGUCAUUGAAAAAUCCCAAAAUACUACUGUUGAAACUCUCAAUACUAACUGUGUUCCUGUUAAAAAUGAUGGUCUAUUAAUGGUUUCUGAUAGUAAGGUGACAACGAGAAAGAUUUCACAACAGGAAAUUAAGGAAGGAAAUGAGAACACAAUCCCCAGAGAGACUGAUCUUCUGGGUUCCUUGAAUGAUACGUGUAAAAUUGUGCUUGCAAGUCCAAGAUUUCAUGUAGCAAUACCUCGGAAAUCAAAAAGAAAUGCUUCAAAUCAUUUUCCUCCAAGUACACUUCAAACUCUUACAAAUGGAGUUAAAGAAAAUAAGGUGGUCCGGCUACAGGAAUGGAUGAUUAAAAUCAUUAAUAAUAAUACUGCUGUAUGUGUCGAAGGAAAAUUGACAGACAUCACUAAUGUAUAUUGGCACAGUAAUGUCAUUAUAGAACGGAUUGCACACAACACACUUAGGACUUUAUCAGGCAAUAUUUAUAUAUUAAAAGGAAUGAUAGACCGGAUUUCCAUGAAAGAAGCAGGAUAUCCAUAUUAUCUCAUAAGGAAGUUUAUGUUUGGCUUUCCAGAAAAAUGGAAAGAGCAUAUUGAUAAUUUUCUAGAACAAUUAAGGGCUUGUGAAAAGAGAAAGCAAAAGGCCAGACAAAAACAGAAAUCUGGAAGAUUUGACUCUGACGUACAAAAAUCCUCCAAAAGUAAUGCAAGAGAAAACCAAACGGAUGUUCUCCAAAGAGCCAGAACUACUUAUGACGUUGAUUGUUGUCAUUUGGAACUGAAAAAUGGUAAGCACCGUAGGUUGCCAAGAACCAUAAAAUUAAACGUGUGCCAUGGUAAUUGCCAAAAUAAGCCACCAGGAAGGCUUCCAGAUGACCAAAUAAAUAAUACUUUUCAAAAUGGAGAAAGAAAUGACUUACCUAAUCAGGAAUUAAUUGGAAAGAAAGAAAAUGAAAACUUGUUUUCAGAGAAACUUGAAUAUUGUGAAAGAACAAAUGAAAGGAUAAUUACAAGUCAGAAGCAAGAAAGAACUGAAGAAUCGAAUGUAUCCAUUGACAUUCUAACCUCAAGGCAACUGUUUUUCUCAGAUGAAGAAAGGAAAUGUAUGCCUCUUAAUCAGAAGGAAGUUUUUGUUUUAGUGACACCUCUUAAAUCUAAAAAAAUAAUAGAACAAAAAUGCAUGCAGUAUGAUCUGUCCUGUGAUACCAUUAAAGCAGUAACAGAUUUUGCAGUGCCAAAGCAUCAAAAAGAAAGCAAAUCACAUUUAAAUGGAACUACAAAUUUGAUCAGUAAGCCCACAAAGACCUUCAAAAAUGCAUUUGAGUAUAGUGUGGAUCAUAAAAGUAAAAGCAAGGAAGAUUGCAAUGAAUGUGAUUUACUCACUGUCAACCAGAAAAUGAAAAUACCUAGUCCUAAAAAGAAACAAACAGUCACCUCUGACUCUAAGAAAAAUACAAGGUUGUUACCAAACUUGAAGAAAAUAAAAAAUACAACUAUGUCAUUUCACAAGCAUCAGUCCUCAUCAGAUUUGUCUAGUGAAGAAAGUGAAACAGAAAAGGGAAUUAGAAAGAAAUCUGGAAUUGCUAAGACAACCAGAGCAAGAAAUACCAAAGAAACAGUGGUUCACCUGAGGAAAAGCACAAGAGCUGCCACAAGGAAAAUCUCAGUGAUUUCUGAAUCUGAAACUGAAGAAAGUGAAAGUGAAUUUUAUAUCAAACAAAAGAAAGCUAGAUGUUCUGUUAAAGACAGUCUUCAGAAAUCUGGUAUUAGGAAUGAGUCUCCAAUUAUUGAGGCAAGGGGAACUGAUGAGAUAAAUAAGCAUUCCUUUGAAUGCUUUCCUGGUCUAAUUCAGGAUGAAGAAUGGAAUGAGAAAGAAUUACAGAAACUUCAUUGUGCUUUUGCAUCUCUUCCAAAGCACAAACCUGGUUUCUGGUCAGAUGUAGCUAUGGCUGUAGGUUCUCGAUCUUCUGAAGAGUGCCAGAGGAAAUACCUGGAAGAUCCCAGAGGAAAAGGAACCCAGAAACCUGUCACUAAGAAACAAACAGUCAAUCCCAAAGGCCAAAAUGGCAAGAUAGGUGAUGCUGAUGAGAAGCAAAUUAUUAAGAUCACUGCCAAAGUGGGAACUCUUAAAAGGAAGCAACAAAUGAGGGAUUUUCUGGAACAAUUGCCAAAAGAUGAUCAUGAUGAUUUUUUCAGUACAACACCUGUGCAGAAUCAAAGAGUACUGUUGCCAAAUCUCCAAGACAGUGCAGAAGAAGAUGAUAUUCUGCUGAGUAUGGACAAAAAUCCAACAACUCCAUCAUCAGUUGUCUUUCCAUUGGCAAAAACUCCUCAGUGUCAGCAUGUCAGUCCUGGCAUGCUAGCUUCUAUAAAUAGGAAUGAUUGUGAUAAAUAUGUUUUUCGUAUGCAAAAAAACCAUAAAAGUAAAGGUGGCAUUGUCUGGGGCAAUAUCAAGAAAAAAACAGUUGAAACUGAUUUUUCAACUCCAACAUCAAGAAAAACAACCCUGUUUAACAAAGAAUUAGGAGAAAACUCUGGUAUUGGAAAAUUUUUCGCUAAUGCUAUGGAGUCUUUAGAUGAAGAAGAGAAAGAUUAUUAUUUUUCAGACUCUGAUUCUUCUUAGUAAAAAUGAGAAAAUAUUUUCAGGAUUUUUAUCAAGAAGCAGAUAAUACAUUUGUGUCUUCUUUUGGAAUACAUAUAUUUUCUUCAUAAUAUACCAUCAUACGAAAUUGUGGAUUCCUCCUUAGAGGUUUUAGGAGAUGAAUAGUUAACAGAGAGAUGUUUUACUCUGAAUUCAUCUAAAACAUCUUUCUGUAACUAUUCCUCAUUGCUGCAGGUUACUAAAAAUGUAAGGAAAAUUGUUUUGCUUGUAUAGAUACUUGUGAAUUUCUGGGUUUUGCAUUAUUAAAAUAUUCUACAUAAGUAUCUCUUAACCGUCCAAGUUUGUUUACGUUAAGAAAAUCAUGUUCCAUUUUUUUUAAAGCUUCCCAGAAAAUGCUAUCCUCAAGGGAUAGGGGAGGGAGAAUGAGAAGUAGAUUGUACUGCCAGCUACUAAAUUCAUGAAAACUUCCAAGUCAGCAUUUGUUACCACUUGGUAUACAAGCCAGAAUUGAUCUAAUGUUUAAAUUACAUGUUGUUAAAACUAUGUAACACUCUAUCUUGUGAUUUUUUUUCUUAAAACUUAUGAUUAGCAUAUCUCUGAAACCUAUGUAAAUUUGUUGUUUUUCAAUAUUUUAUUAGGUAGAAAUCAGAGAACAAAUUUUGUUGCACUAUGCCUUAUUUACAUAUGCAGUUUACAUUUGGUCUCAAUGUUAAAAGGACUGGAUUAGACUUUUCAAUAUUCAAGUAGUUGAUCUACCACUAGGAGUCAAGUUAACGUGCCAUGUCAUAGUAACAUUAUUUUCCUUUCAGACAGCUCCUUUUUAGAAAUAAACCUUUUUUUAGCCUAUUUUACCACUGUUUUGAAAUUUGACAUAGAAUAUUUUUCCUUUGGUUACAGUGUAUAUACACACUCUUUCUCUCCAGUUAGAUUGUUUAAAUAAACUUGGUUUA